AUGUCGAGUCCACCCGAGGCGGCCUCGGGGUCUCGCUCGCCAGCCACACCAAGGAAAAGCAUUUCGGAGCUGUUGACGAAAGUUACAUCAGAUGGCCCACGGCAAAGGCUCUCAGAUGCAGAGGUCGAUGACUUUUUCCGCGCUGAGUUGUGGCGGCCGUCGCAGCCGCAAAGCUCAUUCCGAGAUCAUGUCUUAGACCGAGCUGCUGAUCUGGUUGCACCAUCCAGCAGUGCCGCGCCGCCCGUGGCAUCUACGGCUUUGGAGGUAACCACUCCUCCGAGGCGUGGUCGGCGACCGCUGUUGGAGACUCCUUCGCCUGUGCCAAAGCCAGGAAGGGCCAGAAAUCGCACUGAGCCUCCAAAAGGCACGAAGCGAAAGCUCGCAGAGGCAGCUCCAUCCCCAGCGAAGGCCAAACCAGCCACUGCAUCCCCAGCACGGCGACAUACAGAAAAGUCUCCUGCAGUGCCAAAGUCAAUCCUCAAAAAGCCUUCCCCCAAGAAGGCCAACAAGAAGCAGCUGAUGGCUGUUGAAAAGCCGAACACCUUGCAAAAGUCGAACACCAGACAGAUUGCCAAGCUGCAAGCAAAGGGAGCGUUGACGAGUGUUCCUGUCGAUGUGUUUGGGUCCUCAGACUUAAGCACGAAGACGCGGCCAAAACGAUGUAGAAUGCCUCCUUUGCAGGCCUGGCGGAAUGAACGGGUUGUCUAUGAAAGAGCCGCGAACAGCCAGUUGCCAACAGUCGUCGCAGUUGAGCUGGACAUGGCUCGAGCUUCUGCGGAUCUAAAGCUGACAGCUUUGCAGCUACCGCUCCCUGAGAUUGAGGCCUCGGAGUUCGCGGGCAUCUCCACAAAAAAGAUGCGCAGCAAGAUAUACGCGCUACCCUUGCAGCCAUCUCCCACGGCAGGGCCUUGCACAAUCGCGCUUUGCGGUCCUGGGCUGAUCCACGUCUUGGACGGAUCUCUGCGGUUUGCAAAGGAGACUGAGAAAAAGGAAAGGAUGGCUGAUGCCGGUACCACCAUCUUGCUCAAAGAUACGGAGAGUCACCUGCUAGCGCCCGCCGACAUCGAUGGUGAGGGCUCAGGGGUUCGUUUUUUCUGGGUGGAGGUGAGGUGA